CGCGGGCCCCGCCAAUCACGAGCGGGAUCGCGUGGGGCGGAGUGUCGUGAUUGGACCUCGGCUGCGCCGGGGCGUCCCUAGGCCGUGCUACCUGUAAGCCAAAGUCGCAGUCGAUCGGCAGCCCGGCGGGCGCGCGAGUAAGGGUCGUUCUCGCGAGAGCGCGGCUCUUUUCUUCGUGGUGCCUGCAGCGGCAGUUCGAGGCCCGACAUGGACGCUCAGGAGGACUACAUCUGGCCGCGGGCCACCUCGGAGCUCAUUCUCCUCCCGGUCACGGGUCUGGAGUGCGUGGGGGACCGGCUGCUGGCGGGUGAGGGGCCUGAUGUCCUGGUGUACAGCUUGGACUUUGGUGGCCACCUGCGGAUGAUGAAGCGAGUGCAGAACCUGCUUGGCCACUAUCUUAUCCACGGGUUCCGGGUGCGAGGGGAUCCCGCCGUGGGGGAUGUGGACUCUCAGGCCAUGUUGGCCGUGUUUGGAAGCAAGGGCCUCCGAGUUGUGAAAGUUAGCUGGGGUCAGGGCCGCUUCCGGGAGGUCUGGCGCUCGGACCUGUGGAGCAUGUCCGACUGGAUCUGGGAUGUCCGCUGGCUGGAGGAGAAGGUGGCCGUGGCUCUGGGCCACAACUCCGUGGCGCUCUACAACCCCAUGCUAGGCCGCCUCCUGCAGGAGGUGCACUGCACCGACAGGUGCACCCUCUCCUCGGCCUGCCUGAUUGGGAACACCUGGAAGGAGCUGACCGUGGUGGCCGGUGCCAUUUCCAAUGAGCUCCUGGUCUGGUACCCAGCCUCCGCUGCCGACCUCGAACCUGUGACGCCUGACCGGCGGGUCAGUGGGCACAUGGGCGUCAUCUUCAGCAUGUCAUACCUAGAUAGCAAGGGCCUGCUGGCCACGGCCUCCGAAGACCGAAGUGUCCGCCUCUGGAAGGUGGGCGACCUGCGGGUGCCCGGAGGGAGGGUGCAGAACAUCGGCCACUGUUUUGGGCACAGCGCCCGAGUGUGGCAGGUCAAACUGCUGGAGAAUUACCUUAUCAGCGCCGGAGAGGACUGCGUGUGCCUGGUGUGGAGCCACGAAGGUGAGAUCCUCCAGGCCUUCCGGGGCCACCAGGGCCGGGGGAUCCGUGCCGUCGCUGCUCACGAGCAGCAGGCCUGGGUCAUCACGGGGGGCGACGACUCUGGCAUCCGGCUGUGGCACCUGGUUGGGCGGGGGUACCCGGGCGCGGGUGUCUCGGCUCUCUGUUUCAAGUCCCAGAGCAGGGCCGGCACCCUCAAGGCCGUGACGCUGGCUGGCUCGUGGCGAGUGUUGGCUGUGACUGACACAGGGGCCCUGUACCUGUAUGACCUCGAGGUCAAGUGCUGGGAGCACCUGCUGGAGGACAAGCGCUUCCGAUCCUACUGCCUGCUGGAGGCUGCCCCGGGCCCCGAGGGCUUUGGGCUGUGUGCCAUGGCCAACGGGGAGGGCCUCAUCAAGGUGGUGCCCAUCAACACACCGGCCGCCGCCGUGGACCUGACCCCGUUCCAGGGCAAGGUGCACAGUCUGAGCUGGGCCCUCCGUGGCUAUGAGGAGCUCCUCCUGCUGGCCUCGGGCCCUGCCGGGGUGCUGGCCUGUCUGGAGGUCUCCGCCGCACCCUCUGGCAAGGCCAUAUUUGUCAAAGAACGUUGCCGCUACCUGCUGCCUCCCAGCAAGCAGAGGUGGCACACCUGCAGUGCCUUCCUGCCCCCUGGCAACUACCUGGUGUGUGGGGAUCGCCGCGGCUCCGUGCUGCUCUUCCCUUCUCGCCCAGAACUCUACCCAACUCAUGGGGUGGGGAUCGGGGUCGGGCUCGAGGUCGGAGGCAAGGCCGUGGCGGCUGCUGUGGCGGCGGUGCUUAGUGUGGGUGGCGGCGGCGAGGGGGAUGGGAGCACCCCUACCGAGUGGGGGCCCGUGUCCACACUCCCAGCACUGCAUGGGAAGCAGGGUGUGACUUCGGUCACCUGCCACAGUGGCUACGUGUACACUACUGGGCGGGAUGGCGCCUACUACCAGCUCCGGGUGCAAAGUGGCCAGCUGCAGCCCGUGCUCCGGCAGAAGUCCUGCCGGGGCAUGAACUGGUUGGCUGGGCUCCGCAUGGUGGCCGACGGGAGCAUGGUCAUCCUGGGAUUCCAUGCCAACGAGUUUGUGGUGUGGAGCCCAAGGUCGCAUGAGAAGCUGCAUGUGGUCCACUGUGGUGGGGGGCACCGCUCCUGGGCCUUCUCCGACACCGAAGCUGCGGUGGCCUUCGCCUACCUCAAGGAUGGGGACGUCAUGCUGUACCGUGCCCUGGGGGGCUGCACUCGGCCCCACGUGAUUCUCCGAGAGGGUCUGCAUGGCCGGGAGAUCACCUGUGUCAAACGGGUGGGCACCAUCACCCUGGGGCCCGAGUUUGACGUGGCCAGCCUCUUGCCACUGGACCCCCUGGAGCCUGGCAGCCAGGGCCCGGGCCUGAUCGACAUCGUCAUCACGGGCAGCGAGGACACCACUGUCUGUGUCCUGGCGCUGCCCACAGCCACCGGCGCCGCCCAUGCACUCACAGCCAUCGGCAACCACAGCUCCUCUGUGCGCACGGUGGCCGUGUGGGGUGCCAGCACCCCUGGUGGCCCUCAGGAUCCUCGGCCCGGCCUGACUGCCCACGUGGUGUCCGCGGGGGGCCGGGCCGAGAUGCAGUGCUUCAGCCUCAUGGUCACGCCCGACCCUGGCACCCCAAGCCACCUGGCCUGCCAUAUCACACACCUCUCGUCCCAUCGGCUGGACGAGGCUUGGGACCGGCAGCGCAACCGGCACCGCAUGGUCAAGGGGGACCCAGAGACCAGGUACAUGUCCCUGGCGGUGUGUGAACCUGACCGGCCUGGCCUUGACCCCCUUGUGGCUGCAGCCUGUAGUGAUGGGGCAGUGAGGCUCUUUGUCUUGCAAGACUCGGGGCGGCGGCUGCAGCUUCUCGCAGAGACCUUCCACCACAAGCGUUGUGUGCUGAAGGUUCAUGCCUUUACACACAAGAGCCCUGGCCAGCGGAGACUGCUGCUCAGCAGCGCAGCCACUGACGGCAGCUUGGCCUUCUGGGACCUGACGGCCGUGCUGGACCAUGGCGCCACGGCCCUGCAGCCACCAGCAGAGCCUGGGUUUCCCCAUCAGCUGGGGACCCCCUGCCUCACCCUGCAGGCCCACAGCUGCGGAAUCAACAGCCUGCACACCUUGCCGAUAGGGGAGGGCCACCACCUUGUGGCCAGUGGCAGCGAGGACGGGUCACUGCAUGUGUUCCAGCUUGCUGUGGAGCUGCCUGAGUUGGAGGAGGCUGCAGGGGAGGCAGAGCGGGAGCCCCAGCUGCGCGUGCUGGAGGAGCACACGGUGCCCUGUGCGCAUGCGGCGCACGUGACCGGCCUCCGGAUCCUGAGCCCAAACCUCAUGGUGUCGGCCUCCAUAGACCAGCGGCUCACCUUCUGGCGCCUGGGGCGCGGGGAGCCCACCUUCAUGAACAGUGCCGUGUACCACGUGCCGGACGUGGCCGACAUGGACUGCUGGUCCGUGAGCCCCGAGUUUGGCCACCGCUGUGCUCUUGGGGGUCAGGGGCUUGAAGUUUAUAACUGGUACGACUGAGGGGUCCUGCGGCGGCUGGUGUGCAGGGCACAAGGGCAAGUUCCUGAUCUCCCAGCUGGAGCUGGGGUGAGGAGAGCACUGCCUGGGUGGACCAAGAAUGUGCUCCACCCCCAC